AUGGACCUUCUGACCGACUGGGCGCCGACUCUUGCCCUCGUCUUUGGUGGUUGUUGCAGCAAUGCCAUUACCCUCGAGCAGGUCACCUCUGCGACCCCUACGGCGGGCUCAGUCAUAACCCUUCUACAGUUCGUGCUUAUCACCCUGCACGGUCUACCGAGCCACUUGAACUGGACCCCGUAUGGCCCACGACUCAAGCCCCGAGCGAUUGGCCUGCCGCCGUACAUCGCCCAGGUCUUCCUCUUCUACUCGAUCUCCCUCAUCAACAAUGCGGCGUUUGCGUACAAAAUCCCCAUGGCCGUCCAUAUCAUAUUUCGAAGCGGAGGACUGAUUGUCAGCAUGUUGAUGGGCUGGUUGAUCUCUGGCAAGCGGUAUACACCCAUUCAAGUCUUCUCUGUAAUCUUGGUUUCCCUCGGAGUCAUUCUGACAACCCUGUCUGCAUCCCCGGCGUCUCAGAAAGUCUCUGUCUCUGAAGCAUCUGCGGACUUGCGUACAUAUUUGACCGGUAUAGCACUAUUAUCUGCGGCCCUCCUCCUUUCUGGAUUCCUCGGUCUGGUUCAAGAAUGGGCCUACGCUAGGCAUUCCAACAACGCCAAGAAGGCAGACUCUUCAGCAACAUGGAAAGAAGCCAUGUUCUAUCUGCACUUCUUAUCCCUCCCAAUGUUUAUCUUCCUCCGCAACGAUCUCUCCGCCCAAUUCACUGCCAUUCACUGCUUGGCCCAGAAAUCACCCCUCGUUCCCCUCGUUCCCUUUACCCCAUUCACUCCUGUGAUCCCCUCUAUCUACCUAGCCCUAGCCAUAAACACCAUCACCCAAGUCAUCUGCGUCGCCGGCGUCAACCGCCUCACCACGCGCGUGAACGCCCUCACCGUUACCCUCAUCCUCGUCGUGCGCAAAGCCGUCAGCCUAAUCAUCAGCGUCCUCGGCGCGCAGCUCAUUCACUCUCACUCGGGAGGCAAGGUGGUGAAUGUAGAUGGGGUCAAGAUGUGGAGCGGCGCGCUGCUGGUCAUGCUCGGGACUAUCGGAUACUCUGUUGGAAGUCGGAAGACGAAGGCAAAGGCGGGCAAGGACAAGUCAGAGUAG